AUGCUUUUGCGCACUGUUUGGUUGGUGGUCUUGCUAGUGAGCGUGAGGACUGUUUGGACAUUCGAGUGUCCACUGGUCUGCCAGUGCACCCCGGACAUAUUAUGCUGCACGAGAGAAACACAAGAGCAAUCGCAAAGACAGUCACCAUUUACACUGCGAAUUGUACACCUGCCAUUGAGGGAAAUUCAAAGCAGUACUUUCAAAGGAUUACUCAAUGUAUCCAGAAUAGAAAUUGCUCAAAGUGACUCAGUCAGAAGGAUAAGACACCAGGCAUUCCUUUCUUUGAAAACCAUUACAGAAAUUGCAAUACUGAACAUCAACCAUCUUGUGUCAAUUGAGACUGGAGCCUUCACUGAUAUACCCAAACUACAAUAUUUGAGUAUUUGUAAUACAGGAAUAACACAAUUUCCUGAUCUUUCCUUCAUCUCAACACUGGAGUUAAACUUUCUAGAGCUAGGAGAUAAUAUGAGAUUGGAGGUCAUCCCAUCGAAUGCUUUCUCUGGCAUAUCAAAGUACACGUACAUGAAUCUUGUCAGAAAUGGAUUCAAGGAAAUCAACUCUCAUGCCUUCAAUGGAACCACACUGGAGACGCUGAUUCUGAGAGAUAACCGGUAUCUUCACAAAAUCCAUGAAGACGCCUUUGAGGGAGCAAUUAAUGGACCAAUAGCCCUUGACGUGUCCUCCACCGCUCUGAGUUCGCUCCCUGUACGUGGUCUGGGGCUUUUGGAGAAGCUGACGGCACGUUCCACACCUACUCUUAAGACGCUGCCCCCGCUGGAGAACCAACAAAACCUACAGAACCUACAGGAGGCCCACCUCACCUACCCGAGCCACUGCUGUGCCUUCUACCACUGGCGACGGAACAGGGAUCCCGUCACUGACGGUUCGGUUGAGCCCGUCGACAUCCGUUCCUACUACUCAGAUCUGGAGGAGCUGUGUAAUGAUCCCAUCAUAUGCACCCCGGAGCCCGACGCCUUCAACCCCUGCGAGGACCUGCUGGGUGACGACGACCUGCUGGGCGACGGCUUCCUGCGCCCCGUCACCUGGGUGGUCACCAUCUUCGCUGUGGCGGGCAACCUGGCCGUGUUGUUCAUCCUGCUGUCCAGCCGCCAGAAGCUGACCGUGUCCCGCUUCCUGAUGUGCAACCUGGCCUUUGCCGACCUCUGCAUGGGCCUGUACCUGCUCCUCAUCGCCGCCAUGGAUUACCACUCGCGCCGGGAGUACUACAACCACGCCACCGACUGGCAAACGGGUCCCGGCUGCCAAGUGGCCGGCUUCCUCACUGUGUUUGCCAGCGAGCUCUCCGUCUACACACUCACGCUGAUCACCCUGGAGCGCUGGCACACCAUCACCCACGCCAUGGAGAUGGACCGGCGGCUCAAGCUGCGGCACGUGGCCCUGAUGAUCGCCGGCGGCUGGGCGUUCUCCCUCCUGGUGGCCCUGCUGCCCGUCCUGGGCGUCAGCAGCUACGCCAAGGUGAGCAUCUGCCUGCCCAUGGACAUCGAGACGCCGGCCGCCCAGGCCUACGUGGUGCUGGUGCUCCUGCUCAACGUGGUGGCCUUCGUGGUGGUGUGCGCCUGCUACGUCCGCAUCUACGUCAGCGUGCGCAACCCGGAGCUGGCGGGCCGCAGCGGCGACGCCAAGAUCGCCAAGCGCAUGGCCGUGCUGAUCUUCACGGACUUCCUGUGCAUGGCGCCCAUCUCGUUCUUCGCCAUUUCGGCCGCGCUGCGGAUGCCCCUCAUCACCGUCUCCAACGCCAAGAUCCUGCUGGUCCUCUUCUACCCCAUCAACUCGCUGUGCAACCCUUUCCUCUACACCAUCUUCACGCGGGCGUUCCGGAGGGACAUUUGCCAGCUGCUCAGCCGCUGUGGCUGCUGUCAGGACAAGGCCUGUUUGUACCAGGCCAAGGGCUUCAGUCCUCGCCCAAGCAUAUCCAAAUGCAAGACUAAUGCGUCUAAGAAGCCCCACUCUCUACAGUUUUAUGCAUACCACAUCAAGAUGCAGGGCUGCUUCCUCAACAAAGGGCCAACAUGA